CAUGCCCCGCGGAGCAGCGAUCAUGUGAUUUCCCUUUGUGCCACGCCGGGCGGGAGGGACCGGGACCGCCCCGGGGCCGCGGGUCCAGCGGAGGCACUGCUGGGACAUCCACCGGGACACAGCCGGGACACUGCCGGGGCACCGCCCCGACAGCACCGGGAAAGCGUCGGGCACCGCCGGGACACUACGGGGACAGCACCGGGACAGCGCCGGGCACCACCAGACACCGCCGGGACACUACCGGGACACUACCGGGACACUACCGGGACAGCGCCGGGCACCACCAGGCACCGCCGGGGCAUCGCCGGGCACUACCGGGACAUCACCGGGAUAGCGCCGGGCACCGCCGGGACACUACCGGGACAUCACCGGGAUAGCGCCGGGCACCACCAGGCACCGCCGGGGCAUCGCUGGGCACUACCGGGACAUUACUGGGACAGCACCGGGCACCACCAGUCAUCGCCGGGACAUUACUGGGACAUCACCGGGAUAGCGCCGGGCACCGUCGGGACACUACUGGGACAUCACCGGGAUAGCGCCGGGCACCACCAGGCACCGCCGGGGCAUCGCCGGGGCAUCGCCGGGCACUACUGGAGCAUCACUGGGACAGCGCCGGGCACCACCAGGCACCGCCGGGCACUACCGGGACAUCACCGGGACAGCAGCGGACAGCACCGAGAACCCACCGGGCAUCACCGGGACAUCACCCGGACACCGCCGGGAGAUCACCGGGCCACCACCGGGCAUCCCGGGACACCCUCCAUCCUCCCGCCGCCCCCGCUGGCCGCGGCCGCCGCCGCCCGGCCCAACUUCGUGCUGGUGCUGGCGGACGACCUGGGCUUCGGGGACCUGGGCAGCUACGGGCAUCCUUCGUCGGCCACGCCGCACCUGGACGGGCUGGCGGCCCGCGGGCUGCGCUUCACGGACUUCUACAGCAGCGCCGCCGUCUGCAGCCCCUCCCGGGCAGCCCUGCUGACGGGCCGGUUCCAGGUGCGCUCCGGGAUCUAUCCCGGCGUGUUCGACCCGGGAUCGCGGGGAGGGCUCCCGCUCUCCGAGGUCACCGUCGCAGAGGUGCUGAAGGCUCAGGGCUACGCCACGGCCAUGGUGGGCAAGUGGCACCUGGGCGUGGGGGUCAACGGCUCCUUCCUGCCCACCCACCAGGGGUUUGACCACUUCCUGGGGGUGCCCUACUCCCAUGACCAGGGCCCCUGCCAGAAUCUCACCUGCUUCCCACCCGACAUCAAGUGUUUUGGGACCUGUGACCAGGGUGUGGUGCCGCUCCCGCUGCUCUGGAACCAGACCAUCAUCCAGCAGCCUGUGUCCUUCCCCAACCUGGUGCCACUCUACAACAAAUUCUCCCGGAAUUUCAUCGCUCACUGUGCCCAACGGGGCCUCCCCUUCCUGCUCUACUACGCCUCCCAUCACACCCACUACCCCCAGUUUGCCAGCCAGGAGUACGCGGGGCGGUCCCGGCGGGGCCCCUUCGGGGACGCGCUGGCGGAGUUCGAUGGCUCCGUGGGACAGUUGCUGCAGGAGCUGCAGGAGAACGGCCUGGAGAACAACACCCUGGUGUUCUUCACCUCUGACAACGGCCCCUCCACCAUGCGGAUGGCGCGCGGGGGCAGCUCCGGCCACCUGAAGUGUGGCAAGGGCACGACGUACGAAGGUGGCAUGAGGGAACCAGCGGUGGCUUAUUGGCCAGGCCGGAUCGCCCCAGGAGUGACGCACGAGCUGGCAAGCACCCUGGACAUCCUGCCAACACUGACUGCCCUGGCUGGAGCAGCCCUUCCCAGAGUGGCCCUGGAUGGCUACGACAUGAGCCCAGUGCUGUUUGGGACAGGGAAGAGUCCCCGACAGACCAUGUUCUUCUACCCUCCGGCCCCCGACCCCCUGCACGGCCCCUUCGCCGUCCGCCUGGGGAAGUACAAGGCUCACUACUUCACCCAAG